AAAAGGGGGGAGGAAUUUUCUUCCGGGGUGCGGCCCGCUCGGGGGGUUUCGCUUCCGGGACGGUGUUCCGGCCCGUUCCCACCCCCGGGAGACACUAUAAAUCGAUGCCUGUACUCCAUCUCAGCCAGAGGAGUAAGCAGAGUUGAUGGGGGAGCCGCAGCGGUCGGCUUGCCGCCAUGAGGACGGCCAGCUGGGUUGUACACCUACAACUGGGGCAGCCAUGGAGAAAAGUGGAAACAUUCAGCUGGAGAUCCCCGACUUCAGCAACUCUGUCCUGAGCCACCUCAAUCAGCUGCGCAUGCAGGGCCGCCUGUGUGACAUAGUGGUCAAUGUGCAAGGACAGGCUUUCCGUGCUCACAAAGUGGUGCUGGCUGCUAGUUCGCCAUACUUCCGUGACCAUAUGUCAUUGAACGAGAUGAGCACGGUCUCCAUUUCAGUCAUUAAGAACCCCACUGUUUUUGAGCAGCUCCUUUCCUUUUGUUAUACCGGGCGGAUAUGCCUGCAGUUGGCUGACAUCAUCAGUUACCUAACGGCAGCCAGCUUCCUGCAGAUGCAGCACAUUAUAGACAAAUGCACGCAGAUCCUUGAGGGAAUUCACUUCAAAAUUAACGUGGCAGAGGUUGAAGCUGAACCGAGCCAGACUAGAACAAAGCAUCAGGAGAGACCCCCAGAGUCUCACCGGGUUACCCCAAAUCUAAACCGCUCUCUGAGCCCACGCCACAAUACUCCGAAAGGGAGUCGUCUAGGCCAGGUCAGCACUGUGCUGGACAUUCGGGAGCUGAGCCCCCCUGAGGAGUCCACCAGCCCUCAGAUAAUUGAGCAGAGUUCAGAUGUGGAGAGCAGGGAGCCCAUACUGCGGAUUAACAGAGCAGGACAGUGGUAUGUUGAGACAGGAGUGGCAGACCGUGGGGGACGGAAUGACGAUGAUGUUAGGGUGCUUGGAGGAGUGCGCAUUAAAACGGAGAACCUGGAGGAGUGGCUGGGAACGGAGAAUCAGCCAUCGGGAGAAGAUGGGAGCAGCGCUGAGGAGGUCACGACCAUGGUAAUUGACACAACAGGCCACGGAUCGAUGGGCCAGGAGACUUACACAUUAGGGUCAUCAGGAGCCAAAGUGGUUAGGCCAACCAGCAGUGAGAUUGACAGAUUUAGCCCUUCGGGCAGCAUGGUUACUGUAACUGAGCGGUACAGAUCGAAAAGUGAGUCUCCCGGGCGGAUGGAUGAGCCUAAGCAGCCCAAUUCCCAGGUAGAGGAGUCCGCCAUGAUUGGAGUGAGCGGUUAUGUUGAGUAUCUCCGUGAACAGGAAGUGUCUGAGCGGUGGUUCCGGUACAACCCGCGGCUCACCUGCAUUUACUGUGCCAAAUCCUUCAACCAGAAAGGCAGUCUAGACCGGCACAUGCGUCUCCACAUGGGCAUCACGCCUUUCGUCUGCCGCAUGUGUGGUAAAAAGUACACCCGCAAGGAUCAGCUGGAGUACCACAUCCGCAAGCACACAGGCAACAAGCCCUUUCAUUGCCACGUUUGCGGCAAGAGCUUCCCCUUCCAGGCCAUCCUCAACCAACACUUUCGCAAAAACCACCCUGGCUGUGUGCCUCUGGAGGGGCCGCACAGCAUUUCCCCCGAGACCACCGUCACCUCCAGGGGGCAGGCCGAGGAAGAGUCUCCCCCACAGGAGGAAGCUGUUGUGGCAGGGGAGACGGCACAGGGAUCUGUGUCCACCACCGGGCCAGAUUGAAACGGGCUGUGGGGGAGGACCCUCUUCCCGUUUGGCUGUAAGCAGUCAGCACCGAGACGGCGGGCUGGUACUGGAAUCAGUGCAGUGCCACCAUUGGAUGGAAUGUUGCCAAAACAGAAGAUUAACAAAAACAAAGUGCUAAAAGCUUUUCCCCUUUUCCUCAUCUCCUUGGGAAAAAACAAAACUGGGUCAAUCGACUUCUGAUUCAGGGAUCGACAGGAUUUUUUAAUGUUUUUAAUGUAUUCAGUAGCGAUCCAGGAGAAGCAGUCAUUUUAUUUCUUGACAGCAUUUUGGCUCAGCACCUCGGUCUCUGUGGUGGUGUUGGCUGUAGUGGCCCUAAUGCAGUGAGUGCAGUGCACAGGUGUCUGUCUUCACAACAGCUGCCGCUCCAUCACAUGAGGCAGCAGGGGCAAGGAACACUCACCCUCCCCUUUUCCCAGGUAGUUGUCAUGUUAAAGAAAUCUCACUCUCCUGGUGGAUCUUGCCCUGCCUGAGUGUAUUUAUCCCGUCUUAUUUUGGUGUGUCUCUUAAAAUUUUAAUUAAACCAUUAUUUUAGGGCUUUCUGCUUGCCCUUUCCAGGCAUAUGGCAUUCUGCCCACUUGUUAAAAGCAGGCAGCAACCUUUGAGCAGUAUUCUAGAGGUCAGCAAAAUCUGAAGCGCUUAGGCUACUGAAAGUAAAAUUAGCAGCUGUGAGGUUUGCAUUAGACUCGUCGACAUUUUUUGAGGAGGGGAUUUGGGACAGGCUGCACUUAUUGGUGCUAGUAUUAAUAGCACAGAGCAUUCCAACUUCCUGACUGGUUUCUGCACACUGCAGUGCUUCACAUGUUGCCAAGAGUUAGGAAGAGGUUUCUUGUCUGGAUGAAUUGACAAGCAAGAGGCUGGCUACCUAAGUCAUCAUUGGCAUCCCUUGCACUUAGUCUUACAUAACAGCAAUACUAUAUAUUGAAACAGUCCAAUCCCAGUGAAAUUAUCAUGGGUUGUUGUUUUUAACUAUGUCUCCGUGUACUAGUUUGAUAAGUUUAUAUAAAUCAAAUGCAAAAAAACCGACAUAAACUCCUCAUAAUGGUUCAGGAAAUUCAAAGUUGCUGCUCCUACAAUAAUUGUAACUCUGUCCCUUGCACAUAUUAUAUUCCAAGUAGCUCUGAAGUUAAGGGUAAGUGUAACAAACCCAGAGAGACAUGCCUGCAUCAUGUCUCAGACAUGUUUGCACGUGUGUAUGUGUUUAUAAAUUAAAAAAAACAGUGCAGGUACAUAGGUGCAAAUUCAAAAGAGCAAAUGUCUUGAUGCCCUUUUAAAAAGUCUUUAAAGAUAUGCAGUAGUUUAAGAGUUGGCUUUGGUGCUGGGUUGUAUGUAAGUGCAAAUAGGAAUGAACUGCUGGCCCUACUGCUUUUGGAGCUUGGAAUUGGGGAGGCUGCGUGUCUGAAGGAAGCCUGUCUUCCGAAGGAGCAUAGGCCUGGUCUACCCUGGGGGGCAGGGAGGUUGACGUAAGAUACACAAGUUCAGCUAUGGGUAUAGCGUAGCUGAAAUCAACGUAUCUUAUUUCGACUUACCUCCCGUCCUUACAGCGCGGGAUCGACA